AUGGAUAUCAAUAUGGCUUACGAUGGCUUAGAGGAUAUUGGAUUCGGCUAUUCAACAGGUGGUGGCGAUGCCUUUUCUGAUGAUCAUCUAAAUUAUCCUGCUGACAAUUACAUUGCCAGCACAUCUAAGGACAGCGCUCAGCAGUCAUUGCCUCAUGUAUCCAGUGGAAGUGUCAGUUCUUACCAGUCACUAUCUCCAACCGAAAGGGAUUUACGAGUAUUUGUUCCAAUACGUCAGGGUAACCUUCAUUGGACACCAGGUUAUCAACCACUACUUGUGUGUCGUGUAGGAGUACCUGGAUUAAAUUUUGAAUCGAAUCCUAAAGCUGGUAUUGAUCCUGCUGCUUCAGGUCUCAUUCCACCUCCGUCCAUCACAGCUAUCAGUAUGAAUUCAGCUUUUGGUUUAAUGGCUAUUGGCAGUGAAUUUGGUUUGGCUGUUAUUGACUACGUUCAUAGGCUUUGUUUGCUAUCCGUUUCAUCUUCUGACAUGUUAAGUCGAGGUCCUGUUAAUCCGUUUGGGUCAUCUGCUCCAAACGAAGUGAAAUUCAGUGAUCAGAAUAAUGGUUCCGGUGGUUCAACUACACUAGCUAACACGAGUAAUGCGAACAGUCAAGCAGCUUUGAAAAAUAUUCACUCAAUUUCAGACGCUAUGCAGUCCAGUGAAUCGUCUACCCCAAGCGUGUAUGCAUCACGUCAUGUAUUGACAAGAACAACAGCUGUCAAGGGAGAAUUAAAGCGGGCCAAGUCGCAAGAGAAAUGCUACGACCUUGCGCAGUUUUCUCAUCCGGCUAGUCUGAGUACUAGCACUAACUCUUUGGAUAAUCUUAAUUGUGAAACAAUCAAGACAAUUGUGUUCACCGAAUGGUCAUCCCCGAAACAAGAUUUGUAUUAUGGACCAAAUAUCUGGAUCGGAACCUCCCGUGGAUGUGUUGUUGCGUUAAAUCUAAAGUAUCGAACUUCAAAUAAUGCUCCUAUGGGUCAAUCGUAUAAUGUUGCUUCCUUGUAUCGUUUACGUGGGGAUAUAAUUCAUAUUGGCAUGUUAGAUAUUACCGGUGAUCUUAUACCAAAUCCUUCAGAGCGUUGGGAUGAUUCAUCUGUUUCCAAAGGUGGUACUACUUCUGAACUCUCCAAGCAAGCGUCUCUUUUGUCAUGCUCAUCUGUGUGUUCUGGAGGUGCCACGUCUUUGCACACUCCUGCUGAUUUAUACGGAUCAAGUGAUCCUGGUUUCAAAUCAGGUGGUGGUGUAGGAGGAAGUGGUAUUACUCGAGCAAUGAAAGAAUCGAUUACUCGUCAAAACACCGUCACCACUCACACAUCUUCUACAUCGUCUUCUGGUCACUCUAGUACUGUUGUAUCCAAUACUACCGGUAGUGCAAUACAGUCAAAUGCCACGACUGGACUUGACUCGCCGACAGGAACUAAGGGUUUCACUGAAUCUGACCGACAGCUUAUUGUAUUGUGUUCUGAAAAGCAAGCUCGUGUGGUUGCACUUCCUUCACAAACUUGUCUAUACAAGGUCAAGAUAACUGAAACAAGUCAAGUGGUACAUGCUUCUCUACAACGUUUUCGACUAUCACAUAAUAGUGGAGCGUCAGGAACAGCUAGUUUCCUAGCCUGUUAUCUUGCUAAUGGACAUUUUGUUGCCUUUUCACUACCGAGUUUACGCUUGUUAAUGGAUGUCGAUUAUCUACCGUAUACAGAAUGUGUAACUCGAUCAUUUGCUUUUGGACAGUACGGUCAGGUUGUUUAUUUAGUAUCGCCAACGGAGUUAGCUAAAAUCACAUGGUCGUCAGAUGUUUGGUGA